CAGGAUGUACAGCUUCAUGGGAGGUGGGUUGUUCUGUGCCGGAGUUGGGAACAUACUCCUCAUUGUCUCCACGGCAACCGACUACUGGAUGCAAUACCGUCACUCCAGCAAUUAUAUGCACCAGGGCCUGUGGCGGUACUGUGUGCCUGGGAAAUGCAUGACACACACAGACAGCAUUGCGUAUUGGGAUGCCACCCGGGCCUUCAUGAUUCUUUCCCUGCUGGCUUGUUUCAUUGGCAUUGUGAUCGGAGUCAUGGCCUUCAUCCACUACUCCUCCUUUGACGGGUUUGAUAAGACAUUUGCAGCCGGCAUCCUCUUCUUCAUCUCCUGCUUCUUUGUGUUGCUGGCCAUGGCUGUCUACACUGGAGUGACAGUGAACUACUAUGGUAAACGCUAUGGCAGCUGGCGGUUCUCCUGGUCCUAUAUAAUGGGCUGGGUGGCAGUGGUGCUCACAUUCUUCUCAGGUAUCUUCUACAUGUGUGCCUACCGGAUGCAUGAAUGCCCAAGAAACUCUAACUCACGCUGACCUGCCAAAGACUGCCAAAGAC